UCAUGCGAAACGUAUAGUUAAUUGUGGGAGAUUCGCCAAUCCGAAGCGCAAAUGUAUAUGCAAUAUACAAUAUUGCAAUACAUGUGUCAGCUAUUAUAUAAAAUAAUAAACAGAAUUGAAAAAUUAACUUUUAAAACGUUUUCAUUAUCUUUUAAUUAUUUAUAUUUUUCUACGUUUUAAUUAUCUAAAAAUCUUGAUGGAAUCUUGAUUCAAUCCGAAGCAUCUAAAAUGUGAUAUAUAUAUCGAAAAAUAAAGAUUAUGCUAGAAAUAUAAACUUUUCGUUGUUUCGUGGUCUUUUUUUUAAAAAGUAUGGAUUUAAAAUGAUUUCAUAAUGAGCUGCUCCCCCCUCCUCGUCAACAAAUAACUCGUUCGCUGUAACCAGUCUUUUAAUUUUAGAAUUGCUGCAAUCCAUUGAUUGGAAUAAAGUUCCCAUCUCAAGCCAAAUACCUAUCUCGAAAACAUUCUGCGUUUUUACCUUCUUUUUAUCAAGCCGGUUUAAAUUUUCCCGGCUCGAUACAUUUUACGACUUUGAAACUUACGAAGGGUUAAUUAGAGAGGGUCGGUCUACAGCGUAAAAAUAUUUGAACACAAUUACGUUACAACAUCAAACGACUAAUGCGGAAAUAUUACCCCUCACUAACGAUAUUAAUAUUAGAAUAAUAAUACUAUGCGUUGCGCUUCUUUAGGAAUAUGCUUGUUAUUCAUCUUUGACGGAUCGAAAGAAACGGCGAGAGUACGACCCGCUGUAACAGGUUUAAUGAGAGAAGCGCGGAAAUUACGUAUAAUUAUCUUUGGCAAGGGCUCUUUCAUAUUCAUGUCGCUCAGUAAACAAGAGAAAUUUAACGUAAAUGCGGCCGGAAGAGUGGGUCCCGUCAUCGUUACCGGCUUUAAUCACGCCGGAAUCACCGGUCGCGAUGUGCGGAGGACUGUGAAAGAUAAACAUUAGGUACGGAAAACAAACGCUGCACAAAGUUUUCAGAUUAAACCGCUCGUUAAUGAGCCGGUAAUUAAAAGCAAGAGCCACAUUCAGAAGUGUGGCGCGCGAUAGCUGUUCGAUAUUUUCCGGAUUUUCCAAUUUAUCGGAUAUUAAAUUUCCCACUAAUCUUAAGCGACGAUUUAUUCGAUUGGUUGGAUACAAAAGUGGAGAAACUACAAAGUACAAUACAUGCAACGAUUGUUGAACGUAAUGGCAUUAUCUUUUUCUGGUCACUAACUCUUCUUUUUUACAUUAUCACUUCUUUUAAUUAAUUUUUCCACAGUCCAUACUUGAGUUAUAUAUAAUCUGUCAUUACAUUAAUGUGAUUAUAGAAAUUUCAAAACUGGACAAUUUAAUAACUGUUAUUAAUUUCUUGGUGGAUUUACAUUAUGGUCCGGAUUUUUCCGGAGCAUAAUUUCAAAAAAUUUCUUUUACAUAAUAGUUUUUAACUGAGACCGCUUUAAAAUGUACAAAGAAUCAAUUUUCUCUAUGUAGACAUCUUAUAUCAUUUCCCGUUUGAAUAUAGCAGCUCGUCGGAAAAAGCAUCUCAAUCCCAAUUUAUGUCGAGUAAAAAUACACACGUCACCGCCACUUUACAUGAUGGAUAUCUCGGCUUGAGAAGAAAUUAGAUUACGCGAACGCAGUCAAUCGCAUUAGUGUUCUCUGUCUCUCCUCCAAUGGGCCAAGCAAAAGCCGGAAAUACCGUACUGACUUCGUUCCUCCGCGUAUAACUGAUGGUACCUGAUGGAUAUGAUGGAAAAAGCGCGCGUGGCCGGGUCACGCGGUAAUUACCUUCUUCGAAUAAUUAAUUAAUCACCGUGACCGAUGAUUUCCGCGAAAUAUACUGCGAGCAAGAACAUAUUGCAGUUACAACUGGUUUCAGUGUUAAUUUGUAAAUAAUCGAAGUAGAGUACGCGCACUGUGCGUUCAGAUUAUAAUUUAUUACCGCGUCCAUUAUCCGAUUUUUUUAUCAUAUCGUCGUGUCAAACAACUGUUGUUGUUUGCCGUGCUUGUUGUACGGGCAAAGAAAUAUGCAUUGAUUUAAUGCCGAUAUUGUUCCCGGCGCGUUUAAAAUUUCGCAUUCAUGUGUUUUGUUCCAUCAAAAACAUUGUUUGAACGCAUUGCACGCGCUUGUGCUACGUAUUAAUUUUAUCGUCAUUUGUGCGCAACGUAAAGCAGCAAAAUUCUUUUCCUAUUAAUUCGCGCACCGUAAUUUCGAUGUGUUGAUGUACGAGACGUAAUUUCGGCUGAUUUUGAUGGAAAAGCUCGGCACAGCUAUGGCAUCCCAUUCAACGAGAGAUGACGUAAUUCAUAUUUAUUUACGCGAUAUUUAUUUAAUUUACUGCCGGUAUAAACCGGAGCCAAUUUUCAUCAGCGAGCCAGUUCACUUCUGGUUUCCAUAUUCAUGUAACAGGUCGUCGUUGCGGCCAUUAAAAAUGUUAAACGGCGUUACGUUUAAUGAAUAAUAUUACGGCGCAUCCAAUGAGAUGAGCUACAAAUGCAAAAUUGACUUAUACUCGACGUUGCUUUGAGAGUUAACAUAAUGUUUUUGUUUACUACAAAGAUGUACAUACUUCAGGCUAUCAUAAUUUUAUAAAUUCCGUAAUACUGUUAAAUUAUGCUAACUAUCUUUUUCUGAAGUUAUACAUCUACUCUUAUUUCUUCCUAAUUAAAUUGGAGAUUAUUUAUUAAAGAGCGCAAUUGCAAUCUAGCAAUAUACGCAUAUUAAUAACGCAAUUAUUUUUUAUUUUAAACACAUUUAUGCGUAUAUAGUAAUUUUAUUCUUUAGUAAAGCGUUUUUCUUUUAAUUUGUCUCUGUUGUGUACAAAAUCUAAACUUAUCAUUGAAACAUAUAGGUAAUUAAUUAAUUAGCGCUUUGAUAUAGAAAGAUUAUCGACAGACGAGUUAAUUACAAUAAACAAUCAUAAUUGAAAUUAAAUGAAAGCUGCAAGAGACAAAUAUUCGCUUUAUACAAAGCGUAAAGGAAGAUACUUAAAUAAUUAUGGUGAAAACAUUUUGUACAUUGAAAAAUCAUGUAUUUUCAGCGAAUUCGCAUGUUUUAUUCUUUUUCUCGUAUUCCGCACAAGCAUGCAGGUGUAGUUUAAAUUUAAUAAGUCUGAUUUAAUUUAAUUUAACACAACUUUAAGCGUUGCGCUCACAUAACCGUACUGGUUGAAUUUUCAUGAAAACUAAGACAAGUACGCAUGCGAAUGCGCGAAUAAGAGAAGAUAGCUGUAGCACGAAUAACAUGAAUCGAUAUGAGCCAAAUCUAAAGCGACAUUUCUUCUCGAUUUUGUUCUAUGUUUAAAGUUCAAUUUAAAAAAAUGCUCAAUUAACUAUCACAGAAUACCCGAAUACCCUCCCGAGGGGAGGGGGAGUUUUGUGAGUUUUUAAAAGGAAGGCAAGAGGAAGCGGAAGUCCAGCGAGGCGAGAAUGUGUGUGUAUGUGUGGGAGGGCGGGUGUAGUAGGAGCCUAUAGGCUCAAAUGUUUGCCAUAGCCGCGUUCGUUAGUUAUAGAUUAAGAAUAGAUAAGUUAGACUUAAGUAUCUGUAAGUUAGUAUGUAAGUUAAGGUAAGCGAUUAGUGUGUAAACAAAAAUUGUAAACCCAAGGGAAAUAAUAAACCUACUACAUAAUAUACAGAGUAUUUGAUAUUGUAAGUACUAAUAAUCGUGAAGUGACACAGCAGGUUGAUUUAAUUAAGAAAGUCUUGUAUCAUUUUCCAAAAAACUACGUAAAAUUUUAAAAUUAAACAAAAAAAACUGCCCAAUCAGAGCACGUUUCGCGCACUGAGGCGGUAGGCGAAAUACUCUAGCCACAAUAGUGAUCUAUUAAAAAUUAUUAGAAAAGGAUGACAGUAGUGAGUUCUCCUUUCUCCCAUGAUAUGUGUUUACUACCGUUGCUAUGUCAUCCAGCCAUUGGCGUGUCGAGUGCACUCCGCCCAUCUCGGAAUAUUAUAAUAUUCGAGUAUUGUAUUAUUAUAAUAUGGUGAGAUAUAACAGGUGUGGUUGUAUAUGAAUACAUGUUGCGUAAACACCUAUUCAAUACCAUAAGUAUAUUCCAACUAACGAAAUUCGGAGAUGCAUAUUUUAUCAAACGUAAUACAUUGCAGAUAACAAUGUAUUAUAUAUUCUAUAAUUAUCAUCAUAACAACACUGACCUGUAUACGAAGAAUCAAUUAAGAAACACUUCUUUCAGAAAUAUACCUUAGAAUAUACAUGUAUACCUUACGAAUGCCUGGACUAAAAUGAAUGUGAAGACUGUUUGGAAGAAUCAAUUGCGCUUGCGCGAACUUCGGUCACGAUAUCAUGACGACUAUUUUUCUGUGAGAAAUAUCCGUUGUACUUUCGCUACGGCGCCAAAUCGAUCGGUUAAUCGCCCACUUUUCUCUCCCGCGCAAACUGCGAGCAAAUUAUUUCUAUAGCACCUUAAAUUAGAUCUUCAUAUUUUAUGUUACUUUCGUUGGUAUAUUUAUGAAUUAAGGAAUUUUACCUUAGAAAAACGCUAAAAGAAAAAUAUUAGGUAAUAUUCUUUAUUCGAGGAAGGAGAUAGGCAAAAUCAUUUUGAUAUAUUAUUUCCAAAUGUGUGUAGAAGCUCGAAUAAGUAUGUCCUGUAUUGAUACUCAAUUUUUUUACCUUCAUCGAAUUUCUCUGGUCACACUUGGGUUGUGGCCUUACGAUCGAACAAUGCUUGUGCAACUUCGGUCUUGUGUGUUUUCUCUUAUUACGAUUAGCUUUAUUAUAUUUCAGCUUACAACAUUUCUAACUACAGAAUGGACUAUUGACUUUAUCGUGGAAAUUCUUUCUAUAUCGCUUUUUUUUCUUUUGUGCAUAAUUCCAUAUCAUUUUAUUUGGCUUGACAAGCAUCUUGUGAAGCACAUGUUGGAAAAUCUUCAGCGCAUCUGUAGCGAGUUAAAGGACGAAAAUGAAAUUGCUAUAAUAAAACGAUAUGGACACAUUGCAAAAUGUGUUGCCAUUGGAUUAACAUUGUUGGCGAUGUGGGGUUUAUUCGUCUUCACUCUUUUGCCAAUUCUGCCGCGGAUUUUCGGCAUUUUUUCUCUCCUCGUAAAUAAAUCUGAGUCAUAUCGCAAAAUAUAUAUCAGAACUGAAUAUUUUGUUGAUGAAGAAAAAUAUUUUUAUUUUAUUUUGCUGCAUCUGUACGCAGCUCAGUACAUAGCAGUAGGUACAUUAAUAGGAGCAGGAAUAUUGGUGACAGGAUACUCUACAUAUUUUUGUGGAUUAUUUAACAUUGCCAGUUACCGUAUUAAACAGGCAAUGCGGAUAAAUUGUGACGAAGUAACUAAUCAGAAGAACAAGAGAGAGAUCAACAAGAAAAUAAGUCAAGCAGUAGACAUUCAUCGCACAGCUCUUAAGUUAAUUGAAUUCCUUCUAUGUAACUUCGAGGGAACAUACUUUGUUCUAAUAGCGAUUAUUAUACUUUGUUUGAGCCUUCAGUUAGUUGGAAUCUUUUACGCCAUUAGUUUUGCAUUUAGGAUGGAAAACUUUCUAAUACACUGUGGUUUUACGGUUGGCAUUUUAACAUGUUCAUUAGGAAUCAACUGCGUGGGUCAAGCAAUUACAGAUCACUAUAAUUACAUAUUUUCAUCCGCAUAUAACGUUCGAUGGUACGUUGCAUCUGUACGCGUGCAAAGAUUAAUAUUGUUUCUGCUGCAAAAAGGCACUAAGCCUUAUAACAUGAAAUUCGGUGGUAUUUAUACAAUAUCUUUAGAAAGCUUUGCCUCGCUAUCAACUGUAUCAAUAUCAUAUUUUACUGUUAUAUAUUCUAUGCAGAAGUGAUAUUAAUAUGAAUCAGCAAAUAUUAUGUUAAAACGAACUAGUAAGAGGGGAACUUCCCGUUCUUAAAAGUUCCGUUUUUAAUAACUGGUGCCUGAAAUUGUUAGAAAAUAAAUAAAGAGAAUGCAAAAUCUCCAUUAUUUUUAAACUUCACUGCGCUGCAUGUAACAUCAAGAUGAACCCAAAGAUUAAAAAUGGUUGAAUUUAUAUCUAGCA